CCGAUCGGUACGAUUCCUGCACGUCCUCGCGCGUUACAUAAUGGUGGCCGAGUGAAGACCGUGGGCUCUUGCUCCUCCGAUCGCCGCCGAGACCCGUGAAGAUGUCUGUUGGUAGAAUAAUUACGCGUACGUUUUCCACGUCGACUGCGGCGCAGCAGCUGGUGAAGCCUCCGAUACAAGUUUUCGGACUAGAAGGCAGGUAUGCCAUGGCUCUCUUCUCAGCCGCGUCUAAACAGAAGGCUCUGGACACGGUGGAGAAGGACUUGACCAGUUUCCAGGGUCUCUUGAAGCAAAACGCCACGCUGGUGGACUUCAUAAAGAAUCCCUCGAUAAAGCGGAAGGAUAAGGUGGAGGUUUUCAAGGCAAUCGGGAGCAAGGGCAACAUGAAUCCGGCCACCGAGAAUCUGCUGACGCUGCUCGCGGAGAACGGCCGGCUGCCGAAGCUCAAUGCGAUCAUCAACUCGUACAAGCUGCUAAUGGCUGCUAACCGUGGAGAGGUGGUGUGCGAGGUGACCACCGCGAUUCCGCUCGACGCCGACAUGAAGGGGAAAUUGGAGGCGACGUUGAAGCGUUUGCUGAAGAAGGGUCAGACCAUCUUGCUCACUGCCAAAGUGGACCCUGCCAUCAUCGGCGGUAUGAUCGUAUCGGUAGGUGACCAGUAUGUGGACAUGAGCGUCGCUAGUAAAAUUAAAAUGUACACCAACCUCAUCGAGGCCUCAGCGUAAUGAGGCGCAGUGAGUAUGAAGUAAUGAAGUAAAUUAUUGCGUACUCAUAUACAUAUAUUCGAGUAUCGUGUACAUUACCGGAGAGAAAUAAAAGCUGUACAAUUGAUUAACCUAAA